AUGUUGGUUCAAUACAUGCACGUUCUGUUGCUUUUCCUGGCACCAUUUCCUCCUAUUUCACCUAGGGUCGAGCUGGAACAACCGUUGUUGACCCACGAGGCAGAAUUCUUUGUCAUAAACAGUUCUAUAAACAAACCUUCUCUCCACUUCUCUACUACUUAUAAACGCCCGGGGCUCGCAUGGGUGCCACCAGGAUGCUGGGCAAGCCAAUCAAUAACCCAAGUCAAACCCAGCAGUUUGGUCACGGCGGCUUUGGCAACGCUAAAACGAGCCGGUGGCUCCACUAGCCGUGGCCGCAGGGAGCACAUCCCUUCACGACGCACAGUCCGCUGGCUUCCAUUGGAACGGGAUGUGGCUCUCAUAGUUAGGCAUCUUAGCAAAAGCUCAAGUCGUUGA